AUGAGCAAGGAAGCUCUCGCCUUUGCCGAGGCACAAAAUUUUGGCACCGAAGAUCUGAGGGAAAUCGGCCGGAAGAUUUCCGCGUUACCGAAGCAGAACGAGUCCCGCAUGCGGAUCGCCAUCAUCACCCAGGGCAGCGAUCCGGUGCUGUUGAUCCGCGACGGAACCAUCACGGAGUUCCCCGUGGAGAAACUGUCCGCCGAUCAAAUCGUGGACACCAACGGUGCCGGUGAUGCCUUCGUCGGCGGUUUCCUGGCCCAGCUGGUUCAGGAGCGAAGCUUCGACACGUGCAUCAAGUGUGGUAUCUGGGCCGCACGUAAAAUCAUCCAAAGAUCUGGCUGUACCUUCGAGGGGGUGCCCGAUUUCGAGGCCUAA